AUGCCUGCCUGGGGGGCCCUGUUGCUGCUCUGGGCCACUGCGGAGGCCACCAAGGACUGCCCUGCACCAUGCACCUGUCAGGCACUGGAAACCAUGGGGUUGUGGGUGGACUGCAGGGGGCAGGGUCUCACGUCCCUGCCUGCCUUGCCAGCCCAUACCCGCCACCUCCUGCUGGCCAAUAACAGCCUUCGAUCCCUGCCCCCGGGCGCCUUCGACCACCUGCCCCAGCUGCAGACGCUUGACGUGACACAGAACCCAUGGCACUGCGACUGCAGCCUUACCUACCUGCGCCUCUGGCUGGAGGACCGCACACCCGAGGCCCUGCUGGAUGUCAACUGUUCCAGCCCCAACCUUGCCACCAUCUAUCCACUGGGCCAGCUCACAGGCUAUGAGCUGGGCAACUGUGGCUGGCAACUACAGGCAUCAUGGGCCUACCAAGGGAUCUGGUGGAAUGUGGCACUGGUUGUCGUGACCACAGUGGGCCUUGCUCUCCUGGCUGGCCUGCUGUGCACUGCCACAGAGUCUCUAAACUGA